AAUGUCUGCAGGAUAUUGUAGAAACAUGUUUUCUCGACUGAGGAGACAUUUUCGGAGAGCAGAGGUGGACAUGACAGAGAUGAAAGAAAAGAGGAAGGAGGCUGGCUUUUCAGCUGAGAGGAAUGAAGGACGAAGGAGGUGGUCUUGGCGAAUGUGGAGGGUUGGCAGAAGGACAUCAUCCCCUGCAAGUGUCCUCAUGAAGAAGCUGGCCAAGGAGGAAAAGGAGAGGCUGACAGAAGAGCUGCAGCUCAUUACCCAGAAGAGAAAGGAAGAGAGAGACCAACUGAUCUUUCUCACGGAGGAGGGAUCCAUGAAAAAGAGGUGUGCAUUGCUCCAAACCCUGUGGUGUCAGAUGGGGUCUGCAAUGUCACUCUCAUCCAUUUAAGGUUGUGGGUUCUAGGAAGCUGUACCUCCAGAACAUCCCUGUGCCCUUCCUCAUGUCUCUAAAUACUUCUUAGAGGAAAGGCAGAACCUGAAGCUUGGUCAGGAGGGAGUUGGGAAAAUGCACUCUUCUGCUUCCUCCAAUGAAAAGUUGAAUUGUGGUCUGAGGAAAGAAGUCAGAGAUGGAGGUAGUAGAGAGUGAGUUCCCAGCAUGCAUUUGGAAAGCCCUUACCAAGCUGUGGCUUUGUGAGGUUCUAGGUGCUGUUUAUGGUGAGUCUUUGUGCUUGGAUGUCAGGUGACUAAGUGCUGGAUGCUCCUGGCAGCAGCUGGAGGGGCCUGGUCCCACAUUGUUCAUCUCAGUGCUUGAGUAGAAAGCCUGAGCCUCACGACUGUUCCUCUUUGUCUGUGUGCCUUAUAGUCUGAGACAGCAUUGUUGCAAGCAUGUCUUCUGCAUCUCAUUGUGCUCUCUCUUUUGCUGUCUCUGUUCCUCUUUCUCAUCCUCUGACUCUGUUCUCUUUUCUCAUUCUUGUGGGUUUGUCCAAUUUUGUGAGUCCAGGUAUGUGUGUGCACAUGCACAUACAUGUGCAUACAUUUUGUAUGUUUCCAUUUCCCUCCACACUUUGGAAUCUAGGGUUCUGUGAUUUGGCCUGGGGAUUGACCUGUAUAACAGUUUCAGGGUGAUGUGAGUGCUGAGGUCUGGGAGGCCCCACUAUACACAGCACUGCUCUUUGCCUAAGUUCUCACAAUUGUCCUUACAUUCGUAUUCCUUGGGCAGAUUAUAAAGCGGUGGAGAUGUCUGGUCUCAUCUCCAGAAUUAUGUGUAAUAUCUGUCUCUACACUGUAAUUAUCCAAGAUGUAGAAUCCCUUUUAUGGGAUUCUGUAUUGUAUCCCCGUUUUGGCUGGACAAAUUCUUGUGGCCUAGGCUCUUGAGACCACACCAGUCUAGACUGCCCUCUAUCCCUACAGAGUGAACAUAGGCCACCCUCCAUCUGGAAUCCUAGCAUUUGCUGUCCUGGGGCCAGGAUAAAAAGUUUCCAAAGGGGAAGAACAUGCCAGUACAUAAAAUCAAGAAUGUGGCCUUCCCAGGCUGGAGUAGUACAGAUUCCAGGCUGAGUUCAUGUGUUCCUGAAAGCCCAUGUUCAUGGAAUCCAAUCUUCCUGGGGCCAGGUCCUUCCCCUGGCUAAAUCCACAGUAUGAAGUACUGAAGUACAAAGAGAAGAAGGUCAUGUCUUUUCGGUACAACUUAGAGAAGGACACCUUCAAGGCCUAUGAAACCCAACAGCAGCUCAAGAAAGAGACUAACUUCUAUAGCAAGCUGCAGAACCGGAUAAUGCUUGAGAAGGAUCUUCUACAUGAGCAUUUGGACACACUGAACCAGGCAGUGUACAUUGACUUUCGUGUAAUCCAAAAAUAUUUGGUUGGCUUCAACCUAAAUGAUAAAGAGGAACAGGAGAAGACCAGCAACCUCCAGACCCAACACCAUCAGGUCUCAGAAACUACAAGAGGGCUGAAAUUGGCCACAUCCCAGAAAGAGCACCCCCUGCAGGAUGACUUGCCACCUCAGGAGCCCCCUGCUAAGCUCCAUCCUCAAGAGCCAGAGAAUCCCUUGGAUAAAUCUUCUUCCACAUAGUUCCUUCAUCAGUGUCAAUAAGCCCUAAGUCUCAGCCAGUGAGCCAGCCUGGCUGAUUUGGGCUCUGAUUCCCUUUCCUGUCCUUUCAAGACCAGUUGAGAGAGAACUGAGGUGACUGUUGCCACCAACUCUCUAAGAGGAGAAACAGCUGUAGUCUGUGCUGCUAAGUGUGCAGUGAGAGAAAGGUGCUCAACAAUGUUGUCUUUAGUGUUUGUUUCAAGUUUUGUUUUCCAUUGGUUGCAUUUUUAUUAUGUUAUUUGGAUAUUCUGUGUUCUUGCUAUUGAUUUUCAUUUUUGUUGAUGCUUUUUACUGUUUACGUUAACUGUCAUUUUAAAGCUUGGGUUUUUUAUUUAUUUCUUAUGAAUAAAGAAUUGAUUU